CCCACCCCACUCACCUCCACGCGUAACCAGGCGAAUGCAAAUUCCCGUGAGUGACUACACAAUCUGAGAACGGCCGCAGGACCGAUAUCGUCACUCCGCACGUGUAAGAACCCUGUCAAAUCUGAAGGACAAACAAUAAUCGCUCUUGCCACUACGCCAUGGAGGGUAAAAGGAAGUGGAAACUGUUGGUGCCAUUUAUUAUCAUCAUCACCUUCUUCAUCAUGGGUUUCACAACCCGUUUCCAGGUUGGACAUCUUGGCUUCCUGCACUUGCCCCAGGUGACCCAGCUCAGCCCAGAGCUUCACCCCAAAAGUCCCAUGUGUGCUCCUGACAUGUACCGAGAAUCCAUGCCAGACGUGCAAUUCCACAGGGUUGGCUCCACAAAGAUUCUCGCAUUCUCGGCGUACCUGGAUGUCCGCGAAGACAGCCACGACCUGAUCCGCGUCUUCGCCCUGGCCCCGACAAGAACGCUGAACGAGCACGUGGCAGUUGCCUGCAGGAUGGUCUACUGGCAAGAGGAGCUUUCGCCGUGGUGCGCCAAUGUUAGUGCUGAGGCCACCAUGCUGAGCAACCACUACUUCUUCGAGUACGCGGUCUUCAACUUCCUGUGCCGCAUUCCCAAAGGAGCAACUCCUCCGAGUCAUGUUGCUCUAGUCGUCAAGGGGCAAGACGAUGACACCUCUACCUCCACCUCAUCGGUGCUGAUGCCCGUGCAGAACCGUCAGCCCGCUCUGCCUGAGCAACACUUCGGCGUCUGCCUUCCCACCUUCUUCAACAGCUUUAACAACGUGCUGCUGUUUGUGCAGAGCAUGGAGUGUUACCGGCUGCUGGGAGCCGGCUUCGUCACCGUCUACAACUCGAGUGUGAGCCCACAGAUGGAUGCAGUGCUGCGUCAUUACAUGCGCUCAGGCUUCGUGGACGUGCUGCAGUGGCCCAUCACUGACUUCCUAAAACCGUCCACUGGCUGGAACAUCAAUGUCGACCCGGGCGAUUUGCACUACUACGGGCAGAUUGCUACCAUGAACGACUGCAUGUACAGGAACAUGUAUCGGGCGCGGUACUUGACUAUGCAUGACGUGGAUGAGAUUGUAGUUCCCAGAAAGUGGUACAACUGGACCCAGAUGAUGGAGGAAUUGGACGAGCCCAAAAUAUCCGCAUACUACUUCCGCAUGCACAACUUCCCCGUAGUGGAGACGGCUUUGUGGACCUCGCGCUCUGGCUACCGAGCCCAAGGCACCAACAUCCUAGAUCACGUGGUAAAGGUGACCUACCCCCCCAAUGAGUUGGCCAGCAAGACGAUCGUGCAGCCAAGGGGUGUCCAGUUUCAAGAUGUCCACCAGGUCCUAGCUCUCAGGCCAGGCUAUGGAAUCAAGAGAGUGCCGGAUAAUGAGGCUGUGGUACAGCACUACAAGUCGUGGAAGAAGAUAUGGAACUACCCCAGUAGCUCCGAGCUGAUACAAGAUACGAACCUGCUCAAGUACUCUGAGGUAAUUGAGAAGAGGGUGAAGCGGGUGCUGGACAACCUGGGGAAACUUUGAACAAAGUGCAUGAUGGCAUGAGUGAGGUCACUGGGGAAUUCAGGGAAAAUGUCAAUGCUGGGUUUGAAGGAAUAUGUGCAUAUGCAAGUGAAACAACAAAUAAAGGCAAAAUAUACAUUUAUUUUAUCAGGUAAAGUCCACUGAGCUAUAUAGAUCUUUGUCAGAAGGAACCUGGCUAUCACAAAUAAAAGCUCAGCGAAGCGGCUUAUUACGUGGAGAUUUAAAGCAACCAAACACUCAAAAUGCAUGUUUCUAAAACUUGGUGGACUUGGUGAAAAAUCCACACGAUCACAGGGAGCACAUGCAAACCUCAAAUAUACAGCAGGCAUCAGGGUCGGGAUCGAACCCACAAAACCCUGCAUACCAGGUGAGGUCGUCAACAUCGUGCCACCUAGGCACUGUAAUACGAAAGUACAGGUACUCCUCUACUUACAAACGAGUUAGGUUCCAGAGGUUUGUUCGUAAGUCGAUUUGUUUGUAAGUCCAAUUUUACUCCUGUUAAUUCCAAACAUGUUAUACGACAUGUACACUAAACACGGGGAAUGGCUUUUAAAUUUGUAUAAUAUAAUCUCUUGUAGAUGUAGAUGCCACUGGUUUUUCAUGUUCUGCAGAUGUAGAUGCCACCACCAUCUAUUGUACGGCAGUUGAACUUA